UAAACAGAUAUCACUUCCGGCUGCCAUCUUAAUAUUUGUGGACAAGUUGGAAGAAACGUUAAAAUACGUUUAUCGCGCUGUCUGUGUUAGUAACUGGAGAACUUUACGGAAAUGUCCUCUAAAUAUCGGUUACGAUGACUGGGGGUUUUCUUGCUUCCAUCUCGUAGAGAGUGCGUGUGUGUGUGUGUGUGAGAGAGAGAGAGAGAGAGAGAGAGAGAGAUAGACUGAAUGUGUGUGUCUCCCUCAGCGCUGAACUGUGUCCUUGUCCCUGCCUCCUGGCAGCAAGGAGCCACCCAGCAGCCGGUCUGUGAUUGGGCAGGAGAGUGGGGCUCUUGACACAGCGCGGUGCUGACUGCUCCAGGACGUGUUUCAACAGAUGGUCGAGGUUAGAGAGUGUCAUCACAUCGGAGAGAGGAUUAGAGAAGAGAGGUUGUCUUCCAGGAGCUGUGUGGUCCCCCCUAGUCUUCAGCCCAAAGUCCCAGCACCAAGACACAAACCCCUCUAUGAGCGAAGGGAGACCCGGUGAAGAAACGCGAGAGGAAAACAGAGAGAGGAAUCCUAGCCCUGUCUCACACUCAGCCAGCUCUGCUGUGCUGCCUUUCAGUCGACCACAGCCGAGGGAGCAGCGCGAGUGUGAGUGAGUGGCCUGGCUGGACCUCUUCUCCCUCUCUUUUCAUCUCUCCAUUAAUCCUCCCAUCUACAGAUCCCAUCUCUGGUCGUCUCAGGCACCAUGCUGAUACAGUGGCUGGCUUGGUUGGCCCUGCUGUCUCUGGACUGGGCUCCAGGCAGCUGGGCCUUCGUCACCACCAGGGCUCAGGGCCUGAGGGGUCGCAUCCAGAGAGACCGCAGGAACAUCCGACCCAACAUUAUCCUCAUCAUGACCGACGAUCAGGAUGUUGAGUUGGGUUCUCUACAGGUGAUGAAUAAAACUCGUAAGAUCAUGGAAGAUGGCGGCACAACUUUCACCAAUGCUUUUGUCACCACACCCAUGUGCUGCCCAUCACGGUCCUCCAUGCUGACGGGCAAGUACGUCCACAACCACAACACCUAUACCAACAAUGAAAACUGCUCCUCCCCUUCCUGGCAAGCUCAGCACGAGCCGCGUUCAUUCGCUGUCUAUCUCAACAACACCGGCUACAGGACAGCCUUCUUUGGCAAGUACCUCAAUGAGUACAAUGGCAGCUACAUCCCACCUGGGUGGCGCGAAUGGGUUGGAUUGAUAAAAAAUUCCCGUUUCUAUAAUUACACCGUCUGUCGGAAUGGUUACAAGGAGAAACAUGGUGCUGAUUAUGCUAAGGACUAUUUCACAGAUCUGAUCACCAAUGACAGCAUCAACUUUUUCCGAAUGUCCAAGCGGAUGUACCCUCACCGUCCUGUCAUGAUGGUCAUCAGUCAUGCUGCUCCACAUGGCCCAGAGGACUCUGCACCACAGUACGCAGAGCACUUCCCCAAUGCUUCACAGCACAUCACUCCCAGCUAUAACUAUGCCCCAAAUAUGGACAAACACUGGAUCAUGCAGUACACGGGCCCCAUGAGACCCAUCCACAUGGAGUUCACCAACUUUCUCCAUCGGAAGAGGCUGCAGACACUCUUAUCUGUGGAUGACUCUGUGCAGAAGGUUUAUGACAUGUUAGAGGAAACUGGAGAGCUAGACAACACUUACAUCAUCUACACAGCAGACCACGGCUACCACAUUGGUCAGUUUGGAUUGGUCAAGGGCAAGUCGAUGCCUUAUGACUUUGACAUCCGUGUGCCGUUCUUCCUGAGAGGACCUAACGUAGAGCCAGGGGCAGUGAACCCUCAUCUGGUGCUGAACAUUGACUUAGCUCCCACAAUCCUCCAUAUUGCCGGGCUGGACACCCCUCCAGACAUGGAUGGAAAGUCAGUCCUUAAGCUGCUGGAACAGGAGAGGACUGGCAACAGAUUCAAACCCAACCGGAAACCCAAAGUCUGGAGGGACACAUUCCUAGUGGAGCGAGGAAAAAUCCUGAGAAAGAAGGAUGACUCUGUGAACACUCAGCACACCAACAGCCUUCCCAAGUACAAGAAGGUCAAAGAGACUUGCCAGCAGGCCGAAUUCCAGACACCCUGCGAACAGCCUGGACAGAAAUGGCAUUGUGUGGAGGAGAUCACAGGCAAGUGGAGGAUACAGAAGUGUAAAGGCGGUUCAAAAGAAGGUUCCAGGAAGAGGGCACGCAGCCUGAAGCCCCGCAACAGUUACGACAACAGAGACAGGGGCUGUGACUGUGGGGACGCCACCUUCAGAUCUUCCAGAACGAGCCGCCGCUCCCAUCAGCAGCUCUCAUCUAGCCAGCGUUAUAGGCCACGUUUUGUCCACACCCGGCCAGCCAGGUCUCUGUCUGUGGAGUUUGAAGGUCAGAUAUAUGACGUCGACCUUCAAGCAGACGAUCAGUCAGCUGUUCGCCGCCGCGUCAUCUCAAAGCGUCACUACAGCUCAGAAGACCCCGAGUUUGAUUUGGGCUCAGAUGACGGUUCGGAGGAAAUGCUGGCAGAUGACACAAAUGCUGUCGGAUACCCAAACUCUGUGAAAGUUACACACAAGUGUUUUAUCUUGAUGAAUGACAGCGUCCAUUGUGAAAGAGAAAUCUACCAGUCAUCCAGAGCCUGGAAAGACCAUAAAAGCUACGUGGACCAGGAGAUUGAAGCACUUCAAGACAAAAUCAAAAACCUCCGGGAAGUGAGAGGUCAUCUGAAGAGGACGCGACCAGAGGAUUGUGACUGUGGAGAGAAGAGCUAUUAUAGCAAAGGCGACAGGCAGAGCAAGGCAGAGAGAUUGAAGAGCAGGAAAGAUCAACUCCAUCCGUUUAAGGAGGCUGCGCAGGAAAUAGAUGGGAAGACACAGCUGUACAACGAGAUCCGGAGAAGGAAGAAGGAAAGGAAGGAGAAGAAGCGGCAGAGGAAGGGAGACGACUGCAGCCUGCCUGGCCUCACUUGCUUCACACAUAACAACGAUCACUGGCAGACAGCUCCCCUCUGGACGUUGGGUGGAUUCUGUGCAUGCACCAGCUCCAACAACAACACCUACUGGUGUCUGAGAACCAUCAACGAGACCCACAACACACUCUUCUGUGAGUUCUCCACUGGUUUCCUGGAGUAUUUUGACCUCAACAGUGACCCCUACCAGCUGACCAACGCGGUGUACACAGUAGAUCGGGAGGUGCUGAACGCUCUCCAUGCCCAGCUGAUGGAGAUGAGGAGUUGUCAGGGAUACAAACAAUGCAACCCUCGCCCAAAAGGACUUGAUGCAGCACACAGCCAAUGUGGGACGGACGACAGGGUUAAACUACCCAACUUGACGGAUGAGGAGGUGAACUGGCAGGGAUUGGAGGAUCUGUAUAGCAUAAAUGAAAGCCUUUAUGAAUGUAGACGUGACUACACUCCCAGCCCAGACAACUGGGCCAACUUCCAGAAGGAUGUAGAUAAUAUAUUUGCACUUCGACACAUUUUAAAAAAAUUCAACCGAACCCUUGAACUUGACGACUCCACCCUGCCAGAGCUGGGCUCCGGGGCCGGGGGUGGAGGCCUUGAAGAUGGCAGUGGGGAAGAGAUGGCCUCGGCCGGCACCGUGUGGCCAGGUGUGGCCACAGAGGCUCGCCUCACCACCCCCGCCCCCAGCAAAACACCGCCAGCACCACCCGCACACAAGCCCACACUGGAAAGAAAACUGGAAUCUGUUGUCAACGACCUUCCUGAGAGGCUCAUAGAGAAACCUGGGGGGUCUGUUAUGUCACCGGUGACGAUAUCAUCACCAAGAGGAGACGGCGUUAUCUUCCAGAGCGACAUGUGGGCGCAGCUGGAGGAGAUAGAAGGAGAGACGUUCAGUGGGAACGGACUGACGGAGCUGGAGACACGACAUGACAGCCUGCUGCGCACUCACAACAGCCUGCAGGCCAAGCUGGAGCCUGACGUGGGCCCGGGAGAGAUGACCGGCCCUCAGGGUCUCGCAAAGGGCCUGGACCUCGGAGAAGAGGAGGACAUAUUCCAGGCCCAAGGUUACCUCCCUUUCUCCCCGCGGACACUAAGGCCCGAGGUGCAGGCCAGCACCACCAGGAGCCCCCCGACCACACAGACCAGCAGCCCACAGAGUGUCAGGGUGGUACUACAGGAGCUGCCUCAGUCAGCGCUGCCACUCACCUUGGACUACGAGGGCAGCGGCUCUCUGCCUCAACCCGCCAAUCAGACCCUCUGAAGCAGACGCACGCGUGGGACAGCCAGCCAGCCAAUUAGCUGCUGGUUGCCACAGAGACACAGUGAUUGGGAGAUGAGCUUGCCAAGAGCAAUGGCAAGUGAUGCCACCUCAGAGUUGUAUAAUGAGUGUUAAAAUUAUUGUUUAUUUUUUUACAGGUGCCUACAUUUAUUAGUAAACAGUGUUAUUUUUUUUUCAAAUAUAUAUUUAGAAAAGAAAAAAGCCUUAAUGCAGCUAAACUUAAGUGUUGGGAUUAAAAAUGAAUUCCAUGUGGGUAAACACCAACGAUCUAAUAUGUUUGGGGUUUUUUGGGUUUUUUUUUUUCCUGAGAAACAAGUGUGAGUGGUGAAACCAUUUCAAUACCUGAAUGAGAAGUUUGCCUCAGUCAUGUUUAGUUAUGUUCCAGUCUUUAAAACAUCUAUUAACAGGACCCUCUCAUUAUAUACAUAAAAGUAACAUUUGACCCCAAAUGCACUUUUGAACUUUUCCAAGUUUUGAUCUUCACCCUCCACUGUUUGUGCAUAUGAAAUUUGUGUCCAUUGUGAAAUCAGUUUUUAUAAAAAUGGUCGUUUCUACUGACUAAGUUUUAGACGUAAGACAAUUACUGCAUUGUCACAUCUGGAAAAGUUGCCGAAUCAGCGUGAGUACAGAUUCUGUUUCUCGUAUUCUUUUUAACUUUGCUAUAUGGGCAUAUUUUUACCUCCUUUGCUAUGUGUCAUUAAUAUUAUUGGACAGUUUAGACAAUCACGGGGCAGUUCAGCAGGUAAUAUACAGACAUUAUUAAGUUAUCAAACGACGCUCAGUAUUUUCACUGCACCAGCUCUUCUCACUCUUCACAGCCAUGUGUUUUUAGCGCAUGUAUCCUCACCAAUCACAACCAUCACCAGGGGUGGAAAUGUUCAUUGUGUAACUUUUGGAAAUGUCACUAAUUAAUCAUGUGGUGUAUGGUGUAGUGCUUUGAUAAUCCAGACUAUUGUGUUGCACACGGCCAAUUCAUUUUGAAUGUAAAUGUACACGCCCUUAAACCUGGUUACAUGUCGGCACACUCUGAAGGCCUCCGAAGGCACAGUGUGUAGCCUUUCUGCCAGUAGUUCGCCUCUGCUGUUGGCUGUAGUGUUGGUGCUUCUGAGAUAACUGGUUCUGCCAAAACCUGAUGCUGUCCUUUUUCUUUCUUGACGGUGUGUUUAGAAGUUUUAGAACGAGUAUGGUUUCAGGAAAGCCACGAAGCUGUUAAGAAAUAAACCCUUUCAACCUA